CCGGCAGAUCCUCCCAGAGGACGGUUUGAAACGCAGGAAGGCAGAGAGGGCACCUGGGAGGAGGCGGUGGGAGGGCGGAGGGCGGGGGCUGGGGCUCGGCCCAGAGCCUUCGGGGUGGGCAUCCUGGGCAGGGCAGGUGGCCGAGGUGUGAAGAGGGGAGGAUGCGCCUCUCCAAAACCCUUGUCGACAUGGACAUGGCCGACUACAGUGCUGCGCUGGACCCAGCCUACACCACCCUGGAGUUUGAGAAUGUGCAGGUGUUGACGAUGGGCAAUGACACAUCCCCAUCAGAAGGUGCCAACCUCAACGCCCCCAACAGCCUGGGUGUCAGCGCCCUGUGUGCCAUCUGUGGGGACCGGGCCACAGGCAAACACUAUGGUGCCUCAAGCUGUGACGGCUGCAAGGGCUUCUUCCGGAGGAGUGUAAGAAAGAACCACAUGUACUCCUGCAGAUUCAGCCGGCAGUGCGUGGUGGACAAAGACAAGAGGAACCAGUGCCGCUACUGCAGGCUCAAGAAGUGCUUCCGGGCUGGCAUGAAGAAGGAAGCCGUCCAGAAUGAACGGGACCGGAUCAGCACUCGCAGGUCGAGCUACGAGGACAGCAGCCUGCCCUCCAUCAACGCGCUCCUGCAGGCCGAGGUCCUGUCCCAGCAGAUCACCUCCCCUGUCUCUGGAAUCAAUGGUGACAUUCGGGCGAAGAAGAUCGCCAGCAUCGCGGAUGUGUGUGAGUCCAUGAAAGAGCAGCUGCUGGUGCUUGUCGAGUGGGCCAAGUACAUCCCAGCUUUCUGCGAGCUCCCCUUGGACGACCAGGUGGCCCUGCUCAGAGCCCAUGCUGGCGAACACCUGCUGCUCGGAGCCACCAAGCGCUCCAUGGUGUUCAAGGACGUUCUGCUUCUCGGCAAUGACUACAUCGUCCCUCGGCACUGCCCAGAGCUGGCAGAGAUGAGCCGUGUGUCCGUGCGCAUCCUGGAUGAGCUGGUGCUGCCCUUUCAGGAGCUGCAGAUCGAUGACAAUGAGUACGCCUGCCUCAAAGCCAUCAUCUUCUUUGACCCAGAUGCCAAGGGGCUGAGCGACCCAGGCAAGAUCAAGAGGCUGCGUUCCCAGGUGCAGGUGAGCCUGGAGGACUACAUCAACGACCGCCAGUACGACUCCCGCGGCCGCUUCGGCGAGCUGCUGCUGCUGCUGCCCACCCUACAGAGCAUCACCUGGCAGAUGAUCGAGCAGAUCCAGUUCAUCAAGCUCUUUGGCAUGGCCAAGAUCGACAACCUGCUGCAGGAGAUGCUGCUGGGAGGGUCCUCCAGUGAUGCACCUCAUGCCCAUCACCCCCUGCACCCUCACCUGAUGCAGGAACACAUGGGCACCAACGUCAUUGUUGCCAACACGAUGCCUGCUCACCUCAGCAACGGACAGAUGUGUGAGUGGCCCCGACCCAGGGGGCAGGCAGCCACCCCUGAGACUCCACAGCCCUCGCCGCCGGGUGGCUCGGGGUCUGAGCCCUACAAGCUCCUGCCAGGAGCCAUCGCCACAAUCGUCAAGCCCCCCUCUGCCAUCCCGCAGCCGACCAUCACCAAGCAGGAAGUCAUCUAGCAAGUCACUAGGGGGAGGGGGCUCUGCCGGCCCCCCGGCCCCCUCAGAGAGCCCCUGAUGGUCACUUGGUCACAGUGAAGAAAGCUGUGACAACAGGGCCAGUCCCAGAGCAGUAAUGGAAAGGGCGAGGGCCCUAGAACUUGGGCUACGGGCCACAUCCCACUGCACCCUUCACUACCCGCUCUGGUGACGGGGCUGUGACUUGGGGAGACCCCAGUUGAAACAUCCUCCGCUGCCUUGGACAACUUUUCUCCUGCCGAAGCCACUGCCUUCCCUUCAUCCUUCACCCCAACUUCUUCACCCCCGAAGGAUUGCUGCCUGGAGACGACACGAGACCUUGCUUAAACAUGGCUCCCUCCCCACUCAGAUUGGUACUUCGUCCCUAGUACUGCCAGACACAGAGCCCUUCUAGGCUGGGUCAGACGGUGGCACCUUACCCAUCCCUGUUCUGCUGUCCUGACCGCCACUGUCACCUUCCUCAGCCAUCCUAAUAUCUCCAAAGCCACCUCUCCAGAGGCUGAGGAAGACUUGCAAACAACUCCCCCAGUCAUCCCGGGAACAUUUUAAAAGCACCGACUGGAGCUAGGUGCAGUGUAGGAGAUUGUCGAGAAGGGAGACGCCAUUUCUCCUCUAACCCCUGGCUCUUUCCUCCUUCAGGGACUUGAGUGGAGCCCUUGAGUCAGAGGGCGGCCAAAAAUGAGAGAACAGUCCAGGGUGGACACUGCAGCCGGGACCUGGGGGGAGGGCUGGAGUGGUCAGAGAAGGCAGCAAGGGGUAGACUAUGCGCCAGGCCUUUAAGGAAGGGCUGGAUUCCAGCUGGUGGAGCAGAUGAGACAGGACGUUCCAAAGAAGAGCAAACAGCCUGGGCAAGGCGGGGAGGUAAGAAGGAGGGUGUGGAGGGAGAUGAUGAAAGACGGGCCUGUCUGGAGCAGAGGGGGCACGCUGGACAGCCUGGGGACCGUGAAUGCCAGACUGAGACUUGACGACUUGGGUCCACGGGCUGUGAGUAGCCGGGGAGGGAUGUGCAGUGAGCUGAGCUUUCAGGAGCUGAAGACCGCAGUCCUACAGAGGUGGGAAGUUUGGGAGGGAGUGGAGACAUCAGAUGGGGCCUGAUGAUGUCAUCCAGGUGAGAGAGAUGAAGCUGGGGAUGGAGAAGACAGAUGGGUGAACCUCAGGUCAGAGUGGCAGCAAGGAGGAAUUAUUCCACAGGGUCUGUCUCAAGUGCUUCCUCCCGGCACUGUCUUCAGGCACUUGACCUGCACCAUCUCCUCUCAUCCUCCCUACUACCCAGAGAUCGUUAGUGAAGAUGAAAUUGAGAUCUAAGAAGUUAAGUCAUUUUUCUGGAACUCAGACAGCUAGUAUGUGACCAAGUCAAGACUUGAUCCCAGGUCUGCCCGGAUCAGGAGCUCUUAACCUCGGUGGCUGAAAAUCUUCUCUGAAAAGGCCCUUCUGUCCUCACUGGGAUUGAGUAGAGGGACUUCCUGCCCCCUUCAGCAGCCUCAGAAGCCAAAGCCUCAUUCUUUCCAGGAGCGCUGCCCACCCCUAGGACUAAGAUUGGCCUGAGGCUGCACUAAAGUCCACUUCGGGUCCAGAAUCCUGUUUGCUGAUAAAGAAGGAGAAUUCACGGCUCCUGGAUCCCUUUUCUCUUCGCUCCCCAAGUCUGGGGAAGGGGCAUUCAGCGGUGCAUUGGGAGAUCGACCAAUGUGACCUGGCAUUCUAGAGGUGGGAUGGUUUGGGUGGGAGCAAGGGAGAGGUAAGAAGGAGUGGACUUGAGACCUGCUCUGUGGAGAAUCACUCAGGGUACCUUCUGGAACCAUUAAACCCCAGGAUGGCACAGCCAGCACCUCAUCCAUGCAGAAUUUUGGAGGCUUUGGGAAAAUUCUGGAAAGUGCCACUGGCCAGUAGGAAUUACAGAGAUGUGUCCUGGGAUUGGAGCUGUGCUUAGGGAGGAGAGUGAACAGUCAGACUGACUACCUACCCUCCGCCCAGGGGUGGCCCUUCUGAGUGGAUGCAGGCAGCACCCCAGUGCCCCCAGAUUUCACCAUUAGUGAUUGUUCCUUUUUGUGAAAGAGGCAUGAAGGGUAUUGGGGCAGGAUGUCCGAGAGCAAUUGCCGCAUCUCCAGUGCUAUCAGGGUUGGCUUUCCCGCUCCACCAAGCCAAGUCCCCAGUCCCAGGAGAGGUUGUCUCCUGCUCCGGAUGCUCCAUGCUUCCUCAGCCACCCCUUAUUCCUGGGGCGCUUCCCCAGAAACCCCAGCCAGGGCGCUCAGACUCGUCUGGGGCAAGGUAGGGAAGCUGGAAUCAUUUCUGGUAAUUGUCAUUCCCCCUCUUUGCCCCUCCACCGCCCCCCCACCCUGCCCCAAUGUUGCCCAGGCCUCUAUCUGUCAUGGGAGCAAAGCUGAGAUAAGAAUUUCCCAUGGGUGGGGUGGGGUAGCAGUGGCUUUUAACAGUAACAAUCUUCUGGGCCAGGGGGCUAGUUCUCGGCCCCAAAUCAACCUCCCUGGAGGAGAAAUCCAUUCUACUUUGAUAAUGUUAUUGCAAAGCAGGAAACACAAAACAGAGAAUUUAGUUUUCUGACUCUAAACUGAGGACACGACACCACAUUGGAAAAUCUUUUUUCUUUUUCUUCACUACCUGAGUCGUGGUCCUAAAACAUAAGAUCUAAUGGACUAAAAGAGGGUUGGGAGGGCAAGCACGGACCCUGUAAUUCCUCCACUGAGACAACCCCUUCUCUAGGCAGCUCUCAGCAGCUUCGAGAACCCACAUGGCUCUCCUGAGGGUGGACGAAGGGGAGCAGACCGUCGGAAAUGGACGCCCCUCGAUUUCUUGUGAUGACCAAGCCAAUUACUUUUGCCAAGUCGCUCUGUGAUUUGCCUUGAUUGUGAUGAAUUUUGAAACUUACAUCGAGCAUUUCUGGAAGUGGGCUGUGUCCCGCCAGACUGAUCAGCAUCUUCCAGAGGGUAUGGAUGCCAUUGGGUCCUGUGCUGUCCCCUGAGCCCCUGUCACUGCCACCCAAUGGGGCAAAGAAGCAAAAAAGAUUUCUUACUCUUGUGUGUUUUAACAAAAGUUUAUAAAAAAAUAAAUGACGCGUAUGUUUUCUAAA